UAAAAGCUCUGGCAGUGAUCCACCUGCCCAUUAGCACGCGCUAAAUAACUGUUAACAAUGUAUUGCCCAGACUCCCCUGCUACGGCACUUCUACCCUGCCCCGCGUCCCUUCAAAGCUCACAGGUCCUCUUCUCCGGCUCUCCUGUAAGCUCCGGUUGUUGACACUCUCCUAAAGUCCGCACGGCUCUCACGGAUAACGGAGACAUUAUUACAGCUCGUGCCGGCCCAAUCUGUCUCCUCUGUUGUCCGGCUCGAGGACAGACAACCCCUCGCACGGAAAGCACUGGACUGUCAUCGUGGAUUUUGCAUUUUUAAGCGACUGCGUGUUUUGAACUUUUCUUGCUUCCUGCAAGCUCGUGACGCGUCUCGUUCCUCUCCUUCCUCUGUCCCGAGACGGAGAAUAAUGGCAGAGAAACGGCGGUCCCCGUGCGCGCUCAGUGUCAAGGCGCAUGCAUUCUCGGUAGAGGCGCUGAUCGGAGCGGAAAAGAGACGCAGGACGGCCGGAGAGGAUACUCUGUCCCCCGGCUACGAGGACGGAACUGAUGUCUCUGAGCUAACCGGGAGCCCAGGGCCGCGAGCCGACAGAGCGUGCACCAGCGAUCGGGGCAGCGAGGCUGAAUGUGCAAGUGACGGAUCACCAGAGAGCGAGGACACGCUGCUGGAGAGCCCGCAGCCGGCGGAUCUGUGCACGGCGCCGGUAACCGGCAGUGGAGAAGAGACCCGCGUGGACCUACAGGGAUCAGACCUGUGGAAACGCUUCCACGAGAUUGGCACGGAAAUGAUCAUUACCAAGGCUGGACGGCGGAUGUUCCCCGCUAUGCGUGUGAAGAUUUCGGGUUUGGACCCACAUCAGCAGUAUUACAUUGCCAUGGAUAUAAUCCCCGUGGACAACAAACGAUAUAGAUACGUGUACCACAGCUCUAAGUGGAUGGUAGCGGGGAAUGCAGACUCGCCUGUGCCGCCCAGAGUGUACAUCCACCCGGACUCCCCGGCCUCAGGAGAGACGUGGAUGCGUCAGGUGGUCAGCUUCGACAAACUUAAACUCACCAACAAUGAACUGGACGACCAGGGACAUAUCAUUCUGCACUCCAUGCACAAGUACCAGCCACGGGUCCAUGUAAUCCGUAAGGAGUGUGGAGAGGAGCUAUCCCCAGUGAGAGCCAUCCCUGUUGGGGAAGGCACUUGCACCGUCGCCUUCCCUGAGACGGUGUUCACCACCGUCACAGCAUAUCAGAAUCAACAGAUUACAAGGCUGAAAAUCGACAGAAACCCAUUCGCCAAAGGCUUCAGAGACUCUGGUAGAAACCGGAUGGGUCUGGAAGCUUUGGUUGAGUCCUAUGCAUUCUGGCGUCCAUCUUUGCGAACGCUCACAUUUGAGGACAUCCCUGGCAUUACCAAGCAAGGGAUCCCAGGAAUUCAUGGUGGGAUCGGACCAUCUUCUCAUCUGCUCUCCACAUCCCCGUGCUCCUCACCUUUCCAGGUUUGCCCUCUCAGCCCGCCUGACUACACCUGCAGCCGAUCCACACACCCUCUCCACCGUUAUAGCAACCCGGAGCCGUUCCCCUCUCACAGAGGUCCAUCGGCAUAUGAAAGCGAAGGAUUCUGUUCUCUGCCUCUCCCUGCUUCUCAACUUGGCUAUCUAUCCAACCCCAACCCGCAGGGUUACGCUGGGCUUCGCCUCCACACACCGCCCUACAGCCUGUACGGUUACACAUUCCCUCCCUCACCACGCCUCGCAGCUAGCCCUGAUAAAAUGGCCGCCGUUGCCACUGCCAAUCAUCAGAGUCCCUUCCUUGGCUCGUCUCCCAGUGGGACUCUAACGGACAGUCUGGGUGUACUCAGUGGAGGACAACAGGGCUUCUUGUUUGACUCCCGGACUUUAGGACUGGCAGGUAGCCAGCCAGGAGGUGGGGUCUCACAGGUCACUGCCCACAUGGGCUGAAUUUGAGUCCGGACAUCUCGGGUUGUCACGCAAAACAACAUGACUACCUGGAAUGGGUGUGAGUUGCUUUUGGUUUAGAACGUUCUACAAAUUAACCAUCCUUGUGCUGAACAAGCAUCAGGCUGAAUUGUGGACAAACAGACCAAGCCAUUGCCUCUGUGAGCAUACAGAGCUUGUUAAAACUGAAGGGAAUAUUAUUACCAAGUUCUUAUCUUUCAAGUAUGUUCUCUAGGACAUGCGUGUGCAGCUGCAGUGGUCACUAAAGGCAGAAACUUCCUGCAGCUUUGGAUAAGGAGUCCAAACGAUGUGACCCAGUGACUGAACUGGAAUAUGGAUUGGGUAGAAACUGGGCUGGCCCAGGCAAUCAAAGCAAGCACUUCAACCCCUGGCAGGAGGCCCUGAAGCAGUAACUAUUAUACUCAGCAUUCUGCAUUGCCUCCUUGAUCUUGCCGACUUUGGAUGGAGUUACUGAACACUACUUUUAAACUUGUUUUUAUGGGAUACAUUGACUAAAUUCCUUUUGUCAAUUAAAUUCGUUGUCAUUACAUGCCUGGGGGUGUUCUCAAUCAAGUCUUUGGAAUAACAAACAUGUAGUCCAUGAAGCACUACAGGCAGGGCCUUUUCACCACUCAGACUUAAAAAAAAACCCAUUUACACACAACACCAGGAGCCUGUCACAUAUUAACGUGAUGACAUCAUGGCCAUAAGAGACCAUGGGAGAUAUCCCAGUGACAGUUAUGGACUGACGAGGUUAAAGCUGUGAUAGAAUGAUGGAUGAUGAACUUAUCUACAAAUACUACAUCUGGUUUGAUGUUUCAUGACGUCAGGCUGAAGUACAGCUUCCCUUGUGUGACACAGAUGUAACUAGACAUGAUGACUCUGUAUAUAGCGAUGGCAAGGCGGGCGGGAGGAGAGAUGUGUAUAUAAAGGGCUGUGUGACCCUUCGCACUUAAAAACCCCAAUGCACCUGCUUCUGCUCUUUAGACAGGGUCAGGUACGCAACAGCCAACCCUGAACUUCACCCAAAAGCUUUUCUUUGCAAACACGCGCUCUAUCAGCACGCCCUUUGGCCGAGGACAUGAACAUGUUCUGUGACCUUUUUGAGCCAAAUAAAAUAUAUCUAAUCAUGUCACAAUGUUAAUAUGUAAUCAAUCUCUUACUAAUUUAAUA